UAAAAUUUCGUUCCAAAACAAACGUUUCCGUUCGCGAUUCGAAUCAAAGCUUCGCCGGAGAAAUAAUCGGCGGUGAAGGUGAUGGAGGUCCACGGCUCCGGAUUCCGGCGGAUUCUGCUGUUGGCGUUGUGCGUCUCCGGAAUCUGGUCCGCCUACAUCUACCAAGGCGUUCUCCAGGAAACUCUGUCCACAAAGAGAUUCGGUCCAGAUGAGAAGAGGUUCGAGCACCUUGCAUUCUUGAACUUGGCACAGAGUGUAGUCUGCUUGGUCUGGUCUUAUAUUAUGAUAAAGCUCUGGUCAAACACUGGUAACGGUGGUGCACCAUGGUGGACGUAUUGGAGUGCCGGCAUUACUAAUACUAUUGGUCCUGCCAUGGGAAUUGAAGCCUUGAAGUAUAUCAGUUAUCCUGCUCAGGUCCUGGCAAAAUCUUCAAAAAUGAUUCCAGUUAUGCUGAUGGGAACUUUGGUUUACGGAAUAAGAUACACUUUCCCUGAAUACAUUUGCACCUUUCUUGUCGCGGGAGGAGUAGCCGUAUUUGCUCUUCUUAAGACAAGCUCUAAGACAAUUAGCAAGCUGGCACAUCCAAAUGCACCCCUCGGCUACGCACUUUGCUUCUUAAACCUAGCCUUUGACGGAUUCACAAACGCCACCCAAGACUCCAUUGCCUCAAGGUACCCGAAAACAGAAGCAUGGGACAUAAUGCUGGGAAUGAACUUAUGGGGGACAAUAUACAACAUGGUCUACAUGUUUGGUUUACCACAAGGGAUGGGAUACGAAGCAUAUCAGUUCUGUAAGCAACACCCGGAAGCUGCAUGGGACAUUCUAAAAUACUGUCUAUGCGGUGCCGUGGGACAAAACUUCAUAUUCAUGACGAUAAGUAACUUCGGGUCACUAGCAAACACGACCAUAACGACAACAAGGAAGUUUGUUAGCAUCGUUGUCUCGUCUGUAAUGAGCGGGAAUCCAUUGUCGUUGAAGCAAUGGGGAUGUGUUUCGAUGGUGUUUGGUGGUUUGUCUUAUCAGAUUUUCCUUAAGUGGAGCAAGUCGAAACGAGUGGAGAAGAAGAAGCAAAAGAGUUGACAACACAGCCAAAGCACAAAAUGUGAGAAGCAGAUCCAGAUCCAACUAAGAACAGUCUUCUUUUGAAUUUUUGUUUCUGCAACUACAACAAUGGAAGGAGGAGAACAAGAAUGCAUAGCAGGUAAGUAUAUAAAAUAGUAUAUAUUUCACACCAAAAUCAAAUCAUUUCCACUUAUAUAAUCAUCUCUUUACAAAUCACAUGAAAUCUUCUGAGACGGAAACAAAAAUAUAUUUUUUCUGUUUUCUUCUUCUCACACCUAUGAGAAGUUACUACAGAAAGAAAAUGGGAUGAAAGCAAAGUCUUUUUUUCUUCUUCUUCUCCAAAACCUGAUGAAAGUUUUGGCUUAUCUUUUCUUCUUCUGUCUAAUCAUUACUGUAUAUAGAAAGGCGACCUGCCUCUCUGAAGUUGUUACUAUAUAGGUAUCUUCUGUACAGAGAAUCACGAACACAACAAAUCAAUAAUUCAGGGGGAAGACAAAGACCCAGAUUAUGUAUCUGGGUUUGACCCUAAAAGAGGGGGAGAAUGAAACCAAAGAAUCUUUUCUUUUUUUCUUAGACACACAAAACAUAAACUGAAGAAACACUCAUACUUAAAGCAGUCUUUAUGAAUGGCUUCAAGUAUGAUGAUCAAAGGAAACUCUCCUACUGAGUGAGCAAAGAUUUUGAAUGCUUGAGUAUCUGAGAGAGAAACUCAGUUUCUGAGAUUGGUCUAGACUUAGAAAUGUUACCUUUAACAUUCUAUAGAUUCUAGACCACUGAGGGGAAAAAAAUGCAGAUCAUGGCACGCCCGCUUCACUAAAACUGUUUCAG